AUGGAUCAUCAAAAUGAGCUGACACUAUUUUGCUCCAUGCAAAAUAUUUCCCGGCGGCUCAAUCAGAUUCUGAGCACCUAUGACCGAUAUCGAGUAAGUUUACUAGGCACCUUAACACUCUUGUCGGUUGUUCUACAUACAUUCAGCACUCUAAACCUCCAACGCCGCAGAAUCGGUUAUGAAGGGGCAGAACGCAUUGCGAAUGCGUUGCGAAUGAACACGACACUCACCACGCUAGAUCUCCGCGGUAACGAAAUCGGUGCUAGAGGGGCACGACACAUUGCGGAUGCGCUGCGAACGAACACAACACUCACCACGCUAGAUCUCGGCUAUAACAGAAUCGGUGCUGAAGGAGCACAACACAUUGCGGAUGCAUUGCGAACGAACACGACACUCACCAUCCUCACCCUCACCCAAAACGGAAUCGGUGAUGAAGGGGCACCACACAUUGCGGAUGCAUUGCGAACGAACACGACACUCACCAUCCUCACCCUCACCCAAAACGGAAUCGGUGAUGAAGGGGCACCACACAUUGCGGAUGCAUUGCGAACGAACACGACACUCACCACGCUAGUUCUCCGCGGUAACGGAAUCGGUGAUGAAGGGGCACAAGGCAUUGCGGAAGCGUUGCGAACGAACACGACACUCGCCACGCUAGAUCUCCGCGGUAACGAAAUCGGUGCUAGAGGGGCACGACACAUUGCGGAUGCGCUGCGAACGAACACAACACUCGCCACGCUAGAUCUUGGCACUAACCAAAUCGGUGCUAGAGGAGCACAACACAUUGCGGAAGCGUUGCGAACGAACACGACACUCGCCACGCUAGAUCUCCGCGGUAACGGAAUCGGUGAUGAAGGGGCACAGGGCAUUGCGGAUGUGUUGCGAACGAACACGACACUCACCACGCUAGAUCUCCGCGGUAACGGAAUCGGUGAUGAAGGGGCACAAGGCAUUGCGGAAGCGUUGCGAACGAACACGACACUCGCCACGCUAGAUCUCCGCGGUAACGGAAUCGGUGAUGAAGGGGCACAGGGCAUUGCGGAUGUGUUGCGAACGAACACGACACUCACCACGCUAGAUCUCCGCGGUAACGAAAUCGGUGCUAGAGGGGCACGACACAUUGCGGAUGCGCUGCGAACGAACACAACACUCGCCACGCUAGAUCUUGGCACUAACCAAAUCGGUGCUAGAGGAGCACAACACAUUGCGGAAGCGUUGCGAACGAACACGACACUUGCCACGCUAGAUCUCUGCGGUAACGAAAUCGGUGAUGAAGGGGCACAAGGCAUUGCGGAUGUGUUGCGAACGAACACGACACUCAGCACGCUAGAUCUCGGCUAUAACAGAAUCGGUCAUGAAGGGGCACAACACAUUGCGGAUGCGUUGCGAACGAACACAACACUCACCACGCUAAACCUCGGGUCGAACGCAAUGAGUGCUGAAGGAGCACAACACAUUGCGGAAGCGUUGCGAACGAACACGACACUCGCCACGCUAGAUCUCGGCUAUAACAGAAUCGGUGAUGAAGGGGCACAACACAUUGAGGAUGCGUUGCGUAGGAAUGCAAGCAUCAAUAUGGUGUAG